AUAAAAAAAAAGAGAAGCAGAAAUAGAAAAGCAUAGGCUGAUGUUUCGUUCGUUGGUCGAGUUCAACGACAUAAACUCAUUGGAACGCUUCACUUUUGUUCCUCAUCAGGGUCCGUUACGCUUUUUCUUCUUCUUCCUUUGUUUCUCUGAUUUCCCAAAAUCGAUCCUUUAGAAAUGGCGGAACAACACAAUAAGGAAGUGAUUCGUCUUGAGCCCGAAUCUGUCAUCCCUAUCCUCAAACCUAAACUCAUCAUGACCUUGGCUAAUCUCAUUGAACAUAGCAAUGAUAGACAAGAGUUCCUCAAGCUCUGUAAGAGAAUUGAGUACACUGUUCGAGCUUGGUAUCUUCUUCAAUUUGAAGAUCUCAUGCAACUCUACUCUCUGUUUGAUCCUGUACACGGUGCUCAGAAAAUCCAACAGCAGAACUUAACUUCUCAAGAAAUUGAUGUCCUUGAACAAAAUUUCCUAGCUUACUUGUUUCAGGUUAUGGAGAAGAGCAACUUUAAAAUAACAAGUAAUGAAGAGAUGGAAGUUGCACACUCUGGGCAGUAUCUUCUAAAUCUUCCCAUCAAAGUUGAUGAGUCUAAGCUUGACAAGAAGCUGCUCAAGAGGUAUUUUGAGGAGCAUCCACAUGAAAAUAUUCCAGAUUUUUCUGAUAAGUAUGUCAUCUUCAGACGUGGUAUUGGAUUGGAUAAAACCACUGAUUAUUUUUUCAUGGAGAAAUUGGAUGUGAUCAUUUCACGUUUUUGGUCCUUUCUCAUGAGAAUCACCAGGUUAGAGAAAUUACGCGCUAAGAGGUCAAACAGUCUUAACAAGAAAGAUCCCAAAAAAGAUGAUGAGCCAAACCCUGACACAGAUAAUGAUGAAUUGUAUGUGGAGCGUAUUCGCCUUGAGAAUUCAAAAUUGAGCGUUAAGAGUUUCUUGAGCAAGCUCACAAUACAAGAGCCUACAUUCGAUAGAAUCAUUGUUGUUUAUAGACGAGCUAGCUCUAAAACAAAUCUAGAACGAGGAAUCUACGUUAAGCAUUUCAAAAACAUUCCUAUGGCUGACAUGGAGAUUGUGCUUCCUGAGAAAAGAAACCCUGGACUGACUCCAAUGGAUUGGGUCAAAUUUCUGAUAUCUGCAGUAGUUGGUCUGGUAGCCGUGUUUACUUCGGUUGAGAUGCCUAAAUCAGACCCAUGGGUAAUUAUUGCCAUUCUCUCCACAGUGCUUGGUUAUUGUGCGAAAACAUACUUCACGUUCCAGCAGAACAUGGCUACAUACCAGAACUUGAUAACUCAGUCAAUGUAUGAUAAACAACUAGACAGCGGGAGGGGAACGCUGUUACAUUUGUGUGAUGACGUGAUUCAGCAAGAAGUAAAAGAGGUGAUGAUUUGCUUCUACAUACUAAUGGAGCAAGGGAAAGCUACCUUGGAGGAUCUGGAUUUGAGGUGCGAGGAACUGAUAAAGGAAGAGUUUGGUGCGAGGUGUAACUUUGAUGUAGAAGAUGCAGUCCAGAAGUUAGAGAAGUUGGGGAUCGUUGCUCGGGACACCAUUGGAAGGUACUACUGCAUGGGGCUGAAGCGAGCCAACGAGAUUAUAGGGACUACCACGGAGGAGCUUGUCCUCAAGGCCAAACAGGGCGUCACCCCUUCUUGAAUUCACCUUCUCUUAUUUUCAACAUUUGUUUUCUUCUUCUCAUUUGAUUUCAAUACAACUUUUAAGUUACUCUAUGGUUGUUACUAAAUCCAAGUGCAACAAAUUAUUAAUCCACCAAAAUAAUUGCCCGA